UCGUUUUUGGCCACUUGCUCGAAUACUGAUCUUAAUCUCACCAUUCAAAGCUUCAAUUGGUAUUCUUUUCGAACAAUAUCCAACGCAAAAUGAUUUUGAUGAAACAUAUUCUUUGACUUCAUGGAUGACCAAUACAACUGCGAAAAAUGUCAUACAGGAAUACCUCAUUCUAUGCCCAGGACAAGACAUGUGUUUGGGGUCCAUGUUUAAGCGAAACUUUAGUUUCUUGGAUAACCCAGCCUGCACACCAUGUGAAUGUGACGAUUUAUGUGUAAUACGAUCCAACUGUUGUCCCUCCAAGUUCUACAGACAGACAGAUACACCAAGCUUUAUUGAAUACCAUACCAAUGUAAGCAUUACAAGGAAACAAACGCCGAUAUCCUGCUUUGAACCCUUAUGGAACCUAAAAGGAUUAAGAUCCAAAAGAUCAUAUUGGAUGAUAGAAACAUGUUCCAGUAAUAUUAACUGUAUAUUACCACCCUCUAAGAACAUAUCAAGUUCUACCCCUGUGACGUCAAUGGCUACCAAUCAAACCUAUCGCAACGUUCAAUGUGCAUUGUGCAAUCAAGAAGAAAUAGCCAGUCUAGUCGAAUGGGAAAAGAUAAAAUUCUGCAAUUCACGAUCUGCUCUUUUCGCAAAAGAAGACAUCAAUUCUCUAUAUCAAUCAGUCUUUUCCUCCAAUCCUGUAUGCAAUAUUGGAUUUGAUCCCCCAACCUUCUAUGAGGAUAAAGUCCAACCAUGUGUUGCCUAUACUAUUGAAGAUAAAUGCAACGAGUCAAACACAAAUAAAGUUGCCGAUGCCUAUCUUAUAAAAGCUUGUCAAGAGUUUUAUCUGCCAUACACUUUUUUUAAAACCAUCUACAAAAACAUAUAUUGUGCCCUUUGCGAGCACGACUUUAUACUUCUUCCCAUUCAGUACUAUUCUGGAGGAUAUGGUCAGAAUGACGAUUUUCUGCCAAAUCAUUUUUCCGCACUUAUUGAUUUUCAGCAGAUUCAAGAUGAACCCAUUAAAAAAAGCUUAGGGUGUGCAAAAAAUCAAAUACUGGACAAUCGAUUGAACAUGUGCCUAGAUAUUGAGUGUGAAGUGGAAUACAGGUAUCACAACCAGUCUUGCAGUCUUGUCCACCAAAUGGUUAACAAAAACAAUUACGAAAUAAAUCUAAUAGCUUCCAUCACCGUCAAUGACCGUGAAAUGCACCCAACGAAUACAUCUUCACAAAGUAUCCUAGAUGAAUUUGUAAUUUUCUUAGAACGUAAAAACUUGAGAAGAUAUCUUUGUAGAAUUUCAAUCUUGGGUUCAGUUGAAUUUGAUCACGAUGUGCUUGACAUGGCUAUGGUAGUUGAACUUUCUAUAAGUAACCUUCACAAUAUUGAUCAAAUGCUGGAAUACUUGUUGAAUAUUUUUAAAAGCUUCAAUCUAAAUAAUAUUCCACCGCAUCCGCCAUUUGCUAGCGUUGUCAAUAUAUCUUUUUCUCUCGUUGGUCAGAGCUUUCAUGUCUACGGAAGCAAUCUAUUUAACAAGGAUAUUGAAGAACGUUUCUACGUAAAUCCAGUUAGUGGGAAAGAGAUGUUAGUAUACGAUAGUUUCGAUGUGUCGCGCCAAAGUUGUUUGAGGGGGCAAAUGAUGUCAAUAGUAGCUGACUGGUAUCGUUGUCCCAAGGUGAAGAUAAAAACAACAGAUGCAAGAAUGGAUAUAUCAAACUUCUCGGUAUGUUUAGUGGAUUAUGAUAAAUGUUUCGCGUCAAUUUAUUUUAAACAAUCCUUAGACAAACGCAGUGUUUCGAUAUGCUUAGAACAGUACUUUCAAUUAAUUAAAGUUCUUAAAAGUAGUUUCAUCUCAUCUAAUAACAACUUGAUGUCAUAUCUCACCCUAGUUUGUCUUUCCCUUUCAUUAUUAGGUUCACUGGCAACAAUAGCUAUAUUUCUUUUGAAAGGAUCAUGCUGUCGUAUUGCCGAUAUGAAUAUCAUAAUUCUUGCAAUGUUUAUAAGUUUUGCAAAUAUAACUUACAUCUUAUCAAAGUUUUUUCUCUGGAGUCGGGCAUUGUGCAUUGGGAUUGGUAUGUUGGUACAUUUCAACUGGCUAUCUGUCGUCUGCUGGAUGAGUUUAUGUUCUUUCCAAGUCUUUCAAGCAUUUACGUCUUUCGGCAUUUCGGAAGUUAAAGUCGUGUCAAAGGUUCUUUUAUGCUUGCUGGUGGACCUGAUUAUUUGUUUGUCCCUAGUAGUUAUCAACGUUGUCGUAAGCUUUGUCAAAAGUAAUAGAGAAAAUUUCGGUUAUUCUGUACUUACCUGUUAUAUCGCUCACUCUGACAUGGUUCUCUUUACUUUUGCAUUGCCUGUGGGUGUGCUGAUCUGUAUUAAUAUGUUUAUGUUCGCUGUCACGGUGUUUAGAAUUUCUAAAAAAAUAGAUGUUCAAAAGUCCCAAGAGGAACAUAAAAUGAGAGCAUAUUUCAGGCUAUCCACCAUUACUGGCGUCACUUGGCUGUUUGGAUUUUUAGGCCAAUUCACUGGACAUCAGCUGUUUGAUAUUCUACACACUGUUUUCAGUGGUGGUCAGGGUUUGUUUCUUUAUCUAGCUUUUGGGCUAUCGCUUGCUAAAAAGCAAAUUAAUAGCAACCAUUCCAGAGAUUCAAAAACUUUCACUUAGCGUUAGUACCAAAAUGAAACCUGCAAGAGAAUUCGAUACAUAUUCAAUAUAAAUGAAAUCAUGACUACGAACAAAGAAUUGCUGUAUCUUUGUUGUCGUAUACGUUGAAUUUGUCUCGCUUAAUGCUGAUAUUAAUAUUCUACGUGAAGGUUACCAAUAUCAAUUUUUAUGAAAUAAACAUUAACAAAAAUGUCUUAAUUUUAACAAAUAUUUAUUGAUAUUGAGAACCAGUGCUAAUAACAAUUAAUAUGCAUACAUGUAAUUAUGUUAUCUAUCAUAUUAACGACUGAAGAAAAAACAACUUGUAAAAGAAAAGUGAUUUUAAUGUUGACGCUGUUGUAGUCGAAUACCUUUUAGUAUUUUGUAAUACAGAUAUGAAUACAAUAUGCAUAUUCUCUUAAAAUAAGCAAGUUGUAAAAGUCUGUUCAAAUAAGUAAUAAACAUUGAAUAGGGCGUUAAAGAUUUAAUGGAUAAUUUUUCUUCUAAUCUAAAUAUGUUCUUGCAUGAAUUAACAAAUUUUGAAAUAUUAUUUAAAGGCAUAAACUAUUAUACAGUAGAGAUUUGAAAGGCAACCAUAUAGCUGGACAUUGAACAUUUCCCUCUAUUUUUAUACAGAGUUCCUCUUCUCAAGGAGAUUAAACUACUUAUGUAGUCAAAAAAUCUCACCCAUUGAACCCUCUCAGUUAGGUAGCUUACUACAUCAAGGCUUAUACUUUUUAUUGCACAAUGUUAUUCUUAUUUUUAUUACAAAACUGUUUGUAUGGUCAAUUUGAAUGUAAUCAUAGCACAGUGGUCGAAGUAUUCAAAUUCACCUUAGAAUUUCGCUUAUAUUUUUAUUAGUUAAUUAGUUAUAGUUAUUAGUUAUUUUAAAGUUAAAUAUUUAAUGUCACAAUUUCCCCCAAAAUUGCUUAUUUUUCGCCGAAAUGAUUUAUAUAUCUAUACUACUAUAUCAAAAUAAUAGACUCGAAUUUUGGGGCUUUAAUACCGAGAAAUCGGAAGAGUUCUGUCUUUUGUUUUAUAUAUUUUAAACAUCAUUGGUACUUGAAGAUUUUCAAUUGGUUUUUAUUUUUUCUCAAACAAGCUUCGCUAAUUAAUAAAUCAUCGUCAUCGGAAGUCAUCUUGAUAUUUUGGAUUUUACAAUCUUGCGCAUGCGCAUUACAUUCAAGCUAAAUCACGGGAGGAUCUUUAAUUAUGUUUCCACAAUAUCACACUUGCAUUGAUAAACGCAUAAACGAUAAUACAAAUACGUGUAAAUUUUCAUUAAAAUUUGCUAAUACAUAUUCUGUUCAUCAAAGAAAAUACGGGAGAUAACUCUUACUCAGUGCAAAUCUUCCAAAUAUCAACAUUAUGUGUAUAUUUAAAGCAAAGAAAAAACGUUGGUGAAAAAGUGUUGAUUUCUUCAUUAAUAUGAAUUAAAUUUUUAGAUUAAAAUGAAUAAUUUGAUUUUUGUUUUCAAUGCAGCUUCAUUAAUUUUCUCCAAAAUCGUUUCGGAGCGAUUUUGCAAUUUUUUGCUACAUUACCGGUAUAUGGGAGGCAUUUUAACUGUGGUGAAGGCCUAUCCAGAGACUUCUAACUAAGCAGAGUGUAGUGAAAUUAAUAGCUUUAUUGUAGGCUUAAAGCUCGGUUAUGUACAUGUAAAUGUCACCAAUACUGUGUGUCGAUGUAUUCCACCUUAAACAGUGUUGUAAAUUUUACUUAGUAAGAUAAACCACCUUACACAGUGUUGUAACGUUUUAGAAGGAUCAAAAUAUUUUACCUUUUUUACCCAUUUCUUUAAAAUCUAGAAUCUAAUAGAUGGCUUUUGAAAUAGUGAAAGUUGAUUCUGAAUUUUAUUUUUAGAUUUUAUUGAUUGUAUCGAAGAUGGAUUUCUGAUAUCGUUAUGUUGAAAGAUUUUGCCGUAUGCUGUUGUUGUUUUUCCUUUUUAUUUGAAAAAAAAACCUCAUGUCACAACUCAUUGUCAUUUUGAUACCGUGUAACUUUUUAUCUGAAAUUGUUUGUGGUACUAAACAUUUUCAAUUCACUUUGCAUAUGGUUUGUUUUAUAUCUUUAUAUAUUUUUUUUGUUAGUUGAAUUAAAGGGACAUGGUCGUGAUUUUCACAAAAAAUCAGUUUUCCAAAUUCAAUGUUUACAAUACUUUAGUAAGACAUUUAUAUUAGGCAACCAGAAUGUGAGGAUCUUUUGUUGAGUUAUAAGCGAUUAAUUCUUUGUUAUGUUAACAAAGCUUUUGUUUACAUUUUGAAUGUUGAAAUGAAACUUACAGUUUUAGACCUAAAAUGAAUGUGUUAAAUGUUAAAAUCUGUUUAUGUAUGCUUAAAAUGAAUAAUAAGAAUGGUAAGUAGACUUCAAAAAGAUUUUACCGGUAUGUAUUAAACCUAUGUAAACAAAAACACGGCACGAGCCUUGUUUACAUGACAAAGAAUUAUGAGCCUUCUAUCUUGCUUUAAACUCUACGACUGACUCUCAAAUUUCAUACGAUCAUUAGAAGAGCAUCCCCAAAGCAUUGUAAAUGAUAAAAACAGAAAAAUAGAAUUUGACCAAAAUUGUUCCCUUUUAAUAAUGAUAAUAUGAAAGCCAAAUUUAAAAUAGGAAAUAAAGAAUUCUAGAUUUCAAAUUGGAUAUCAAAUGUCAAAUUUAAGAAUUAAAUAUUACGAUUCACAAGCAUACCUUUGGGACGCCGUGUUGAAGAUCGUUUAUAUAAGGUAGAGACUAUCGUAUUUGACCCUCCAAGGGACUAAAAGAUAAAGCUACAUGUAUCAUAAAUCAGGGAAUCAAUGAACUCAUUAUAAGACAAAUAAUAUCACCGACAUCAUUAAUGGUACAUUGUUUCAAAUAGUUAAAAUAUCAAAUAAAAUUAUUUUUUGUCUUUAAAAAAGGUUCUUAUUUCAAAAUCAAUCGCAAUUAGAAACAUACUUAUGAAUUAAGAGGAUGAUAUUGUUGAAAUCGCUUCCAACAAAUUGACUAAGAUUAUAUGUUUGUGUCGUAUAAGACAAAAAUGAUUCAAGGUCAAUAUCAAGAUUGCAUUUACUUUAUAUAAGUAUUUAUCAAAUCGAUAUAUGUAUAAAACGACUGAGUGACUCCAUGGAUUGUUUAAUACGACAUAUUUUAGAUAUUUUAGAUGGCUUUUCUAAUUUCUCGACAGAGCAAUGCACUGCAGUAUUUACUGUUAAAUGGAUUUCUGCCGCCAUUAAACAAAGGUCAAAAGGCCAGUUUAUUCAGAAAUGGACAAAAGUAAUAAAUAAUUCAUCCAAGGGUCAAAUAUAUAUGAUAUCUUAACAAAACUUUGGAUUAGAAAACUACUUAGAUAUUCUUUCGAAAAAUAUAUGAAAACAACUUAUUAAAUUCAGAACAUCAAAUCAUCGUUUACAGAUUGAAACUGAUAGAUGGUAUGGAAUUCCUUUAAAGGGGCAUGGUCACGAUUUUGAUCAAAUUCUAUUUUUAUGUUUUUUUUUUCAUGUUUGUUCUUAUUUACAAUGCUUUAGAAAUGCAUUUCAAAUGUUCAAAAAAAAAUUGAGAGUCAUUCGUAGAGUUAUAAGCAAGAUACAGGGCUAACAAUUCUUUGUCAUGUAAACAAGGCUCGUGUCCUGUUUUUGUUUACACUGAUUCAAUAUACAAGUAAAACAUUUUUUUCCAGUUUAUUUGUCUAUCUUUUUAUUCAUUUUAAGCAUAGAUAAACAGUUACUAACAAUCGUUUUAAGUUUAAAACUGAAAACUGUAGUACUGGUAAACUAGCGGAUAAAUUUUAUUUUUAGAGUGCAAAUACUUUCAACUUUACAAAAACAUUUUCUUCCUACUAGAUAUUGUCGCAAACCAAUUACAAUAAAAUUUAGGAAACUGUUGACGACAUCAAACUUAAAAUCAUUGAAAAAACUAGGCACUCUAAUUUUAAACAUCCAGGAGCAAGUGAUUAUUCACUUUUUCUAUCAUUUUUAUUUAUUCAUUUGUUUACCAAUGCUUAUUGACACUUGUAAUAUUAUUUUGUUUUAUAAAGAUAUGUAUAAUUAGACUCUGAACAUUAUAAUUUAAAGUAUGUGACGCAAUUUCGUGCCAUUUGCAUCGAUGUAUUAAAUGGUUUGAGUGAAUAAACGGAUUGAAACGUAUAAAAAUUGUAUUUAUGGCUGGCACGUAAGUAAUUCGCCCAUUGGGGUUAUGUUAUCUAUAUACCAAUGCAAGUUAUAAUCAUUCUUUAUCUAUGUAGUUUUCCUCAAGUUUUGCACCGAUAAGUGAU